AGGAGAAUACUUAACAAUGUCAGAAACACUUAACUUCUAAUUAGUAUUUGUGCACAAAGUGUCAAAGAUUCAUGAUUCGUGUGAUGAUCGGUGUUAGUGCACGCCAAUGAUCCCGUUCAACCAUCGCCAAAGUGAGGUCUCGGACCACACUUGCUGUUUCCUGAAACAUCGUAUAAAUUUGCAGAUAGUCUGCCCUCGAGUGUUUUAAUUUUACAUAAGAAAUGUUUGAUCGACUCCAAGUGUCUUCCUCCGCAUGGCUUGCCUCUAAUAUCUCAAGCAUGAUUUUGUCCAAAUCCAACCUGUUGCUCAACGUUUCAUGGUCCACAAAUUUUGAAGCAGGCUUGCUAGCCAACCCCAAAAGCGAGGAAUACUUCGUUAUCUUGAAUCUUGUGGCCAGUCAUGAAACACAUCAAACCAACUGCAAAAGGAGACCCUCUAUGCCCUUUAGGAUUUCACCCUCAAGUUCGAUGGCCCACUCGCUGCAAGCGUUGCUUCAGAGAUUACAAAGAACAUGGCAACAGAAACAAGCAAUCAGAUGCCACUUUGCGCAGAGAUGACACAACAGCCUCAACCCCUGCUCUGUCCAGUUGGACAUUACCUUUAAAGUCUGUGAAUGAUCGUGGCUCAUCAGAGAUUGCAAAAUCUUGGACCAGCUCCAGCAAUUUAAAUUCCACAGAAAAUGAUUCAAAAACUUCUAAUAAUUCCAAUACUAGGUUUUCAAAAUCAUCCUCAUGGAUGUCAACGCCUGACCUUGCCUCUGCUAGUGAUGACAAUAAAGAAGUUGCCUCAUCGGUGACCCUAACAAGGAGGCGAAGGCCCGAGCCCACUGACACUGGUCAAGAUGAUGCAGUUUCCUCAGAUUACAGAAGUACUCAGUUCACAGUCAGGAGGAGAACCUCAAAUUCUUCGCUUGUGUUGGAACCUGAGGCAGCCACUACUUCCACAACUACAACUAACAAUUCACUUAGAACUCGUAAUACAUAUGCAAAUUCUGUUGACACGCCAACUGUCAGCUCUCUUCGCAGUAGAGUCUCUUCUGCACGUUCCUAUGUAGAUAAUUCCUCUCCGCCUAAUGUCAAUGUGACUGUUCAUUUGAAGGCACCGAAAUCAUCAAGUGAAGUAUCAAAAGUGACCAGUGUGAAUUCUGUAGAAAGUUCUAGCUCAUCAUCGGCAUCAGGAUCCUCAAGUAGUGAUGAAGAUGAUUAUGAGACUGUCAGUCAGGGAACUGAUACUACUAUUAUUGCCGACCCUGAGUAUCAGAAUGAACUUCAAAGUCUAAGGCAAGAACUUGAAAUAAUGAGAGGUCGCUGUGAAAAAGCAGAACUUGAAAAAAAUGACCUUCUCCUGAAGAGAUUAGCUUCAAUGGAUACUAGUUCGAGCAAAACAACUGCAUCAGAGCUUUUAAAGUUUCAACAAAAAGUCAAUGAACUGAAAACAAUGGUUGAAGAUUUGCAAGAUGAAAAAAAAGUUCUAACAACACGUUGUAGAGAAUUAGAUGUGGAGGUUCAGGCGUACAAGAAAAAAGGAUUUGCAGACAAAGAGACUGAAGUAUUACGAAAUAAGCUCUCAGCAGCGGAAUCGCUUUGCGAGGAACUGAUGGAUGAAAAUGAGGAGAUGAAAAGAGAACUGCGAGAAAUGGAGGUUGAAAUGGAUGAGAUGCAAGAUCACUUCAGAGAGGACCAAGCAGACGAAUAUUCAUCACUGAAGAAGGAACUAGAACAAACGGCCAAAAAUUGUCGAAUUUUGUCCUUCAAAUUGCGCAAAACGGAGAGGAGAGCGGACCAAAUGGAAGCUGAAAAAUUGGAAGCAGAAAAAAAAUAUAGAGAGAUUGCUGGAGAGCAAGAUGGAAUGGAUAAGGUAGAAAAAAUUAAGAAACUAGAAAAGGAACUUAGUCUUUCAACAGAGGUGGUGAAUCGACUUCAGAAAGAUCUGGAUGAAGCCAACUCUAAAUUGAAAGAACUAUCAUCUGGAAAAAGUCAGGAAACCCGGAAAAAAGCUCCCACACUCGCUAGUUUAAAUAGAAAUUCAUCUGGGGAGAAAAUAUCUCGAGAAUCUCUAACUCGAGGUGGAUCUCAGGAUGAUCCUGUGCAGCUGUUACGGGAUCUUCAAGACUCCCUAGAACGUGAGGCAGAUCUGAGAGAACAGUUGCGCAACGCUGAGGAGGAGAUCUCUCCAUUGCACAAGGAUAGCAGAAACAGAAUCGUCAGCUGUUUCUUGCGGCCCCCGAUGAGGGACGUACCAACCAUGUUUGAAGAAGAGAGCACAGCCUCAGUAAUAUCGAAAUUCGACAUUGCUGUGCAAACCGACCUCGUUGAUAUUCUAGCUGCAGAAAAAGCGGGACGCCAAACAUUCUUCCAAACUUCCACAAGUUCUCAGACUCACGUUACACGCUUGACUGCUCUCGUGUCCCAGAUGAAAACCCUAGCCAUUCAGACUGAGUUAAAUGUCGAUGCUCAGAUUCAAACGCUGUGGGAAACCAAUAAUAAUUUCGCACAAACCGACUCAUUUGAUAUUUCCUCCCGUUCAGUUGGGACGAGUGAUGACUCGAGUAAAUUUUCUCAGACAGAUAUAAGUUUUGAAUCUUGCGGCCUAAGAAUUGUGUUUGACCAAUACAAAUUAAGCUCAACCAGUUCCAAUCAAAAUGAAAAUGAAUUUGUUCAAACUGAGGUCUUCACCGAAGGAAAACACACUCAAACCAAUUUCUAUGCCACCGAAGAUAAAACGGUUCAGACCAAUGAAGAUUCCUCGCAAGAUUUUAUUCUUUAUGGUCUCACUCAAAAUUCCUGGUCCCAAACAGAAACUCUGCCUGACCAAGAAAAGUUAGCCGAAAGUGAACCUCCAUUAUGUCAAAUCACAAUCAAAUCCUUCCAGAAUACCGCAAUGCAGACUGAAAUUUGGACGUGUGAUAGGAAGAUCCGGGAGAAAGAAACCAUUUGGCUAAAUGAAGAAUGUCAAACUGAAAUAAGAACCCAAGAUAAUUUUGUUCAGACAGACUGUGAGCAAAACAGGAGACAGCUAGAAUUGAACUCGUAUGAUAUGGAAGAAACCGAUUCCAGUGUUGCCACUGAUUCAGAUAAAGAAAGCGAAAACUCUGCAUCCUCUAGCAAAGACUGUGAUAGCAACUACUCAAAAUACCGGAGUAACAACCUCAAAGGCAAUCUAAAAAGGGUGGAAGUUUGUAAACUUUGCCAGAGAAUAAAAAUUGAACAUUUAAAUGGUUGGGAAGUUGACAUCUCAUUAGAACAAAACGGAGGCUUAGAAGCUUAUUCUCAAAGGCGCAAGCAGUCAGUGGAUAAGUUUGACAUGGCUGCGAGGAAAAGCAACCAAUUUUUGAGAACCGACCGCAUGACGAAGUUUUUGCAACAUCUACCACCUGUUCUAUCUUUUCGUUUACUGUGUUCCAAUUUUGGAACCGCAUUUUCACCCUCCCUUCUUGAUUCACCUCUGACACUGUUGAUAUCACCAUCAGUAGCUCGCCGGCACAGUCCUAAUAGUGUUUCAAGAUUAUCUGCUGAAUCUGCUAACGAAAAGGACGAAGGGAUCUCUGAUGAAGAAGACCCCGCUGAGUUACGCUUGUUACUGGAAUUAAAUGAACAGGAAGCAGCAGUUUUAAGGAGAAAAGUAGAAGAUCUAGAAAGUGAAGGAGAUGGAAUGAAGAAAAAAAUUGCUGAUCUGCAAGAAAAAUUGUUAAACAAAUCCAACUCUCUCAAGAAAGAAAAGAAAGCUGCAAGUCUGAAGUCUGCAGAGCCAAAGACUGAUAGCUCAAGUACAGUUUACGAUAAAAAAUUGAAGGUCCUAGAGGAAGAAAUAAAUGAACUUAGAAAAAAAUUGAUUGAAAAGGAGAGGGACUGUGAAAGGCUACACUCAGAAUUAGCAUUAACCAAGAAAAAACCAAAAACACUCCAGAAAAGCAUUUCUUUAGAUGGAGCUAGUGAAUCGAUUGACUUAAAACGUCAACUACAAAAUGUUGAGCAAGAAGCAAGUAUAUUACGGACCAAAAACCAAACACUAGAAAUGGAUUAUGAAAAACUUUUGGCCGAAAAUAAAAAGUUACAGCUUAGCAAAGGUUCCAAGAAAGGAGGACUUUUGAACAGUUCACAGUUUGAACUCAAAGGAAAAAUAGCAGCCUUGGAGAAAGAGUUGGAAGAAGCUAACAAAAAGAUUCAACAGUUCGAAGGUAGUAAAAAUGGCAGUAAAAGCUCUAAUGAUUUAUCUGAGGUUGAUAAGUUGAAGUCGCAAAUUUCCAAAUUAGAGUCUGAGAAAAGCAUUUUAAAAAGGCUGAAAGAGGAUCCAGUUACUGACAGUGUCAAGUUAUAUCUAAAACGUACACCAAAGAAACCAACCGACCUCAUGGCAAAGAGUCAACUCAAAAAAAUGGUCGAAGAUUUAGAAAAUGAAAUUAGUGAGAUUUUAGUCGUUCUCCAGAAGUCUGAUGUGGCCAGUGCAAAAGUUUUGGAAUCUGGCAAAAGCGAUGUUGAAAAAACUAGGCUGAAGAAAGAAGUAGAAGAACUGAAGAAGAACCUAGAAGCAACGAAAAGAGAAGUUAUUGAUCAGAAAGCUAAGUUCGACAAGGAGAAGGAGAAGCUCUCAACAGAGAAGAAAAACAUUCAAAAUGAUCGUAAGAAAAUUGAAAACCUUCUAGAACAAGAAAAGAAAAAACUAGAAUCUGAGAAACAAGUGAUUGAAGCUGCCAAGAAGAAGUUGGAGCUUGAUAAGACUGAACUAAAUGCUGAAAUAACAAGGUUAAACUCCGAAAUCAAGGCUUUGACGACCAAUACUCAAGAGAAAGGAAAACAAUUCGAGUCUCUUAAAAAACAACUUGAAGCAGAGAAGAAGUCAGUUGAAAUUUUGAGGCAAAAUUUAGAGGGCAUGAAAGCUCUUGAGGAAGAGAACAAUAAACUAAAAAAAGAGCUCAAAGAUAUCUCUCAAAAAUCUGCCGAGUAUGAAAUUAAAUUGAAGGAACUGGAAGACAAACACAAAAAAUCUGAGAAACUAUUAAGUGCUAAGAAAGAAAAAGUAUCAAAAUUAGAGAAACAAUUGGAAGAAGCCGUUAGUGCAAGAAAAUCCCUGGAAUCUUCUCAAACUAAAAUUUCUGCAGAUUUUCAGAUUGAAAAAGAUGAGUUGCUCAAAAAAGUAGAGCAACUGUCUACUGAAAAAGAAGAUCUGAGUUUGGAAAUGCAGAGGAAACAAGGGAAUCUAAUAUCAUUGGAAAAGCAACUGAAAGAAGAAAAAGAGAAAUUCAUCAAUUUAAGCAGUAAAGCAGAUGCAACAGUGAGUGCAGAAUUGAAGAGAACGAGAGAAGAGCUGACCUUGUUGAAGAAGCAAAACAUUGAUCUUCACACAAAAUUAGCAGAAGCAGAAAAUAUCAGGAGGACUGCAGAAGAAAACCUGAAAUUAAAAGACAAAGAGAUGAGAAAAGAAAUACAUCAGUGGGAGUUGAAAGCCUCCGAGUUAGAGCUCGAUCUUCAGUCGGAGAGAAAAAUGAAAGACCGUAUGAAAAUUUCAUAUGAGCAAGAAAAUAAGUGCAAAGAGGCGGAAAUUUCAAACUUACAUAAUAAAAUGUCACAACAAGGUCUCAAUAGGCGUCUAAGUGAAGUCAGGCUGGAAUAUGAUAAACAGUUAGAGAAAGUUGAACAAAGUUUGACAGAAGAACGCAAAAACUAUGAAGAACUAACUGCCAAGUAUGAGCAACUAGAGCAAGAACAUGUGGCUACCAAAUCUCAAUUUGUGAUGGAAAAAGAAACAUUGUUGAGUCGGCUGGCUGUGAAUGAGCAAGAAGCUAGAAGCCUAGAAUCUGAGCUCAGAGCUUUAAGGGAAACUUACAACAAGAAACAAGAUGAGUGGAUCAAAGAAAAACUUGAAAUUCAGGAGAGAGUAAAAGCACUGGAAAGGAAUCAAGAAAAAGCAACUGACAGUGAUAUCUUACAAAUUCAGUUGAACACACUAAACGCAACCUUAAAUGAAAAAUUGUCUGAAAUUGAUCAGCUACAAAGAGAGAACAGCAUGAAACUAAACCAGUUAGAAAAUGUCAAGAAAGAAAAUGAAGAACUUAAGAAAAAGUUAGAGGAUUACGUCAAAGUUUCCAAAGUGCAAAGGAGCAUGUCUGCAGAUUCCUCAGCUCUUGAUCGAGAACUUCGAGAAGUGAAAAAUAGGUUGUAUAUGGAAGAGAGAGCCCGUAAAAGUGAUCUGUCAGCUUUGAAAUUACGGUAUGACAGUCGAAUCCAAAUCAUCAUGGAAGAACUUAAAAAUGCGCAAGGUCAAGUAUCAAGAUUUAAGCGAGAGAGUGAUAACUACAGGCAUAUGUUUGAAAGUGCGCAAAAAACCAUUGCUGACCUGAAAGGUGGCGCCAGAGGUUCUACCAGAUCUUCCGAGCAGGGCGAAGAUAUUGAAGAGCAGGUGACAGCAUUGGAGCAGCAACUCAGCCUUCUGGAGGAUGAGUUGUCUGAAGCAAGAUUAGAAGGUUCCCGACUUAAGACCGAACUGAUCUCUAAUAAAUCAGCAUUUGAAGUGAAGGUUUCAGAAAUGGCCUCCCGUAUCAAUGAGUUAGAGGAAGAACGGCUUUUAUCAAGUGGUCGAGCCAAAAUUCCUGGGCUCAAGACAAAAUUAGAAUUAGCGUGGUCCAAAGAAAGAGAGGAACAACAAAGGAUUCUCCAAGAGACGUCAACCCUAGCUCGUGAUCUGAGGCAAACGCUAUUUGAAAUGGAAAGGGAGAGAGAUAAAGAUCGUCUGGAAGCAAAACGCAAGAAUGAACUCCUUCGAAAGACAAUGGAAGAAGAACAAGAGGAGAAUAAAAGAAAAAUUACAGAGUUGCAGUGCGAUUUGCUAGAAUUGCGAGAUGCUCAUGCUAAAUUAAGGACAACCAAUGAAAAGUUAAGGCGUGAAAAAGAAAGAUUUGAUCAAGAGAAAGAAACCUUACGCAAAAUCAAGUCAUCAUUAUUAGAGGAUCCCAAACUGUCCAGAAUCCUUGACUUGUGCAAUGAGCUAACAGCCAUGAUACCAGAACUCACUGGAAAACCAAAUACUACAAUUGGCCUUGUCACACCGCCGGUCAGGAGGAAGGGUCCAAAAUCACGUGAAUCUUCGCCUUCUCUUGAAAAAGCAGUCAGCAGUCGAGAAUCAUCCAUGGCUCGCGAUGAUCCAAGGGUUUCACGGAUGCAAGUUAUAAUGCAACAACUAUCGGAAAUUACUCAUGAUCUACGAAGAUCUCAACGAAUGAGUGAAGACGACAAAAGAGCACUUUUCAGUCGAAGGUCUGCAUCAACUGAGUCAGAAAAUCCUGCAGAGCCACCGUCCUAUCGUAAGGGAGUCCAGAGACGAGGCAGUCUCUACCGCAAAAGUCUCUCUCUGGAACAGACAUCUCAGUCUGUAAUGGCAGCAAAUGAAAAAAUUUGGAAGAUGGAAGAUGACAAUGGCAGCUAUUCCAGCUUUCAGUCUCUGGAUGAGGCACCGGAGCCAAAAUUCAACAUGUACCAACAAAUUGAUUCCAGUCUUGACAGUCGAUUGUCUGGUGAUUCAACACAGAGUGAAAGGGUAGGAGCUGGCGAGAAGAAGAAAAAGAAAGGAAUCCUUGGAAAAUUAAGAAAACUAACAAAAUCCUCCAGUGUAGAUCAUGAACCUGAAUACGAGUACACGUCUCGAAGUCAGGUUAAUCCAGGCUCUGACACCAGUCUAGCAUCUCAUGGUAACCCUGAGUUAGAAUCCCAUCAAAACAAAAGGAAUUUCAAGAGUCGAAUUUCUGAUAUGUUUAAAAAAUCCGGCUCUACCUCACGAGGAAACAGCAUGGAACGAACAAUGGGUUUACCUCCAAGUGGCAGCAGUGUUAUGUCAGACUCAGCUAUGAGACCUCUCACUAGAACUUCUCCUUCUCCCGCGAGAAGUGAUGUAAGUUCAUCAAGUGCUUCAAGACCACUGAUUGGAUCUAAUGGAAAACCAAUGACGGCUCCUGGGAGUGUGCCUCUUCCUAGGAAAGUGAACAAUAAGAAAUAAGUCAUUUUAUACUUUAUAAAUUUCUGAAGUGUAGAUAAUAAAAAUAUUUACAAUAAAUA